AUGGUGCUGUCGGAACUAAAUUCGACCGCGGAAGCGAAAGCCAAACUCGUCCGUACCAAGAAAGCUGUGACCAUGCCCAACGACCAGACUCUAAAAAAGGCUCGAGGAGGGACGAAGAGCUGUACCGAGUGUAGACGUCGUAAAGUGCGUUGUAUUCGGAAGCCCGAAAAUGCACAGACUUGCAGAAGAUGUGAAGAACGCGGCUCGGAAUGUAUUGCACAGACGUACAGUUCCCAACCGCUCCACUCACAAAGAUUGUCCUCACGAUAUCGAAUAUCCAAAUUGGAGUCAAAAGUUGCUAGUCUAAGCAAGAUCAUACGUGAUAUUGAGAUUAAGCUCGGAAAUCUCCCUACUCAGGCGUCAGAGCCAACUCCUGCUCUGCCGGUAUCAAGUCCGGAAAGCUAUGAGUCGGAUGAUAACUCUCGUAUGUCGGAUGUGCUCGCUACAGAACCACCAUCGCAUAUGCGUUCACUUUUCCAAAAUGACUGGCUCAGUGUGAAUACCGACCUCCAACAUGAACAGCUAUAUGACCGUAAAGCAAGGGCUUCUGCACAUUUACUAGAUACAGCGAGACGCGCGCUGCAGAAAUUGAUUCCGUCAAAGUAUGAGGUUUCGCACAUUGCCAGAUCCGCAUCCAGGUGGCUUGACUUGCUCCAUACUCUACUUCCACAGCCAUUUGCGCUCAAAUCUCAGCAGGAAAUUCUUGAAUGCUACGACGAGAUGUGCAAACCAGACACAGAUGCCAUAAGCCUAGCUACGUGGCUGAUAACUAUUGCCAUUACAGCCCAGCAAAUAACUCAAGUACAUGACAGUCCUUCCACCCAGCUCGAUGGUCGUCAGAAAUACUCAAGAUUCUCUCGAGGAGUGUCUGAGAUAGUAGAGAGUACACUUAUUUCUUGUGAUAGGCUUAUAUGUACAGUUGAAGGCCUUGGAAUGGCUAUGCUUUUCGUUCGACUUCAAAUGAGUCAAGGCAAUUUACAAAAGGCAUGGCUUCGAUUACGCCAUUUCAUAUCGGUUGCAGAGCUUAUGGGGCUGCCCAACGCAUGUCAAGCUGUCCAGUCUAGCCAGGGUAACGGAUCAGACGACUAUGAGACACAGCGCCGGAGAGCUCAGCUAUGGCAAUCGUUAUGUUCUGCCGACGGUAUCUCUGGGCCAUACCAAAGGCCGAAGCCUCAAGCAUUGGCUAUUGACGGUGUUAUUCAACCUCGGGCAUAUAUUAGUAGGUUGAUAGAAAUCACCACUAAGAUUCAAUACCGGGAUAAUACAAAUAUGACACAAAGAUCGAGUGCUGAGCUCUAUGCCUCUGCCUUGGAACUCGACAGGGAGCUCAAGGUGCUUGCAUCACAGACGCCGAAAUCGUGGUGGGCUCGAAGUGUGGAGCGCGUUAAACCUGAUCAUGCUUUCAUUGCUACGGUUAUUCUCCUUCUCACAUCCCAUAGCUCGCCUUGCACGGAUCUGCCAAAUUUGCGGAUCAACAAAGUCAAGGUCGACAGCGUAGUUACACAUGUCAUCGAGGUUAUGGAAGAAAAGUCGAAGAAUACUGCUGUCGCUCACUUUGCGCAGCAUUGUAUUAAUUCAAUUCGCUCUCUGAAGGAACUACUCCAGGGAGAUGACGAAGGCUCUAACAUGCAAGAGCUGACGUUGAAGAUUCCACUACUAGGAAAAGUUCACAUUCGACGCAAUAGCUAUAGGUCCCGGACGCAGGAUACCCAAAACCAACCUUCUUUCGAAAUUCCAGCAAACGAGCAGUUGUUGACCACUCAAGAACAUAGGCAUAUACCUCUCAAUAUCAAUAACCACAUGGCCUCGAACUUCCAGGCGCUGGAAGAACUGCCAUGGGACCCUCUCUCAUGGCGCAUUGAGGACCAGUAUGAGGAUUUCUUCCAAGAUGCUCUCAUGGCAGAUGAAAUUGAUCAAUUUGCGAUAUGGCAGAACAAUUAUCUCCCUAGCUGA